CGAAGCGUCAUCUUCAUCGAUCGAUAUGUGCGACACAUCAUCUCAUCGUCAUGUUGUUCCGUCUUGAAAAGUUCAAACCUUUUUGCAAAUCAGACAAAACCCAACAAUCUACGAAACAAUGUCCAAAACUUGUAAUUUUCAUAGCCUCAGAUCCAAUUCUCUGCCUCCGUUUCUCUCCUCCACCGGAAAUUCCCGUUUCCUCCGAGCUUACCCUGCUCUCAAUCUCCUAACGACUGCUUCGAAACCAUUCCACCGUUGCAUUCGCGCUUCUUCACGUCGCCGGGUAGUUCUCGGUGGUUUUGGCGGCGUUUCGUUGUGGAUGAACAACAACAUGUCCGGUACUUUUGGCGGUAAAUCUUUCAUUGCUUCCGCGAGGCAGACGAAUCCUUCUCCCGUCGAACAGGCGUUGAAUAAGGUGGAUUGGCCUGAGACUUUCCCAUUUAAAGAAGAAGAUUUCCAACGAUACGAUGAGUCAUCUGAUUCAACAUUCUAUGAAGCUCCAAGGUUUGUGACACACAUUGAUGAUCCAGCCAUAGCUGCAUUGACAAAGUAUUACUCCAAGGUUUUGCCUCAGAGCGAUACUCCUGGAGUGAGCAUACUUGAUAUGUGUAGCAGUUGGGUCAGCCAUUAUCCAGCAGGAUAUAAGCAAGAACGAAUAGUUGGGAUGGGUAUGAAUGAAGAAGAGCUUAAGCGCAAUCCGGUUCUCACAGAGUACAUAGUCCAAGACUUAAAUCUCAAUCCAAAGCUACCUUUUGAAGACAAUUCUUUCCAAGUUAUUACCAAUGUGGUAAGUGUGGAUUAUCUUACAAAGCCACUUGAAGUUUUUAGGGAAAUGAACAGAAUCCUCAAGCCCGGAGGACUAGCUCUAAUGAGCUUUUCAAACCGUUGCUUCUUUACUAAAGCAAUAUCGAUAUGGACAUCAACUGGUGACGCAGAUCAUGCCCUCAUUGUUGGAUCAUACUUUCACUACGCUGGAGGAUUCGAAUCUCCUCAGGCUGUUGAUAUAUCUCCAAAUCCAGGGCGUUCAGAUCCUAUGUACGUUGUUUACUCAAGAAAACUCCUGGUGGCUUAAUAACAUCCAGAUCCAAACACUUCAUGUAUACACAUAAUCUUUAGACCAAACUGAGAUAGAAACCGAGAAAAUUAAUGUUAUUGAAAACAACUUCAGAAAUCUUGUUUAUAGAAUGUGCCAUCUCUCAAGAUGUGGGAAA